AUGGCCGCGACAAACAACCCCACCCUGACCGCUGAGCCGGUCCUGUCCAAGGUCGACAGCGAAGGCGGCGGCUACGGAACGACAGGCGCCAUCAACACCACCGCUGUCGGUACCGGCGAGACCCGCACCUCGCUGUCCUCCGAUGCCGAAGCCGCUGCGGUAGCGGCCGGCCUCCAGCAGCUCGAGGCUCGCAACACACACUGGUAUUCGUACCUGCUGACCGCCGACUUUUGGCUGGUCAUCGCCGUCGGCCAGAUCCUCGCGCUCUGCAUCACGGGAACCAACACCUUCACGAGCUUCCUGUCAAGCGUAGGGACCGUCAUCCCCGCUUUCCAGACCCUCUUCAACUACGCUCUCCUCACUCUGGUCUGGCUUCCCAUCACACUGUACCACUACGGCUGGCGCAAGUGGCUGGGCAUUGUGUGGCGCGACGCCUGGAAGUACUUCAUCCUCAGCUUCCUGGACGUCGAGGGGAACUACUUCACCGUGCUGGCGUACUACUACACGAACAUCCUCUCGGCCCAGCUCAUCAACUUCUGGGCCAUUGUCUGCGUCGUCAUCCUGUCGUUUACGCUCCUCCGCGUGCGGUACCGUCUGGUGCAGAUCACGGGCAUCCUCAUUUGCUGCGGCGGCAUGGGCCUGCUGCUUGCCAGCGACCACAUUACGGGUUCCAACGGUGGUACUGGGCGGGAUAUGCUCAAGGGGGACCUGUUUGCCCUGCUCGGCGCGACGCUGUACGGGAUCAGCAACGUGUUUGAGGAGUGGUUCGUCAGCAAGCGGCCGGUGUACGAGGUGCUUUCGUUUCUGGGCAUCUUUGGCGUGUGCAUCAACGGCGUUCAGGCCGCGAUAUUCGACCGGCACUCGUUCGAGGGUGCCACUUGGAACGGCGACGUGGCUGGCUGGUUGGUCGGCUACACGCUGUGCCUGAGCAUCUUUUACUCGUUUGCCCCCUUGAUCUUGCGCAUGGGCAGCGCCGCCAUCUUUGAUGUCAACUUGCUGACGGCGAACUUUUGGGGUGUCAUUAUUGGGACUCGGGUUUUUGGGCUUACGGUCCACUGGAUGUACCCCAUUGCCUUUGUCCUCAUUUUAUGCGGGUUGAUUGUCUACUUCUUGUCUGGCAGCAUCCUUGGCGAUUCCAAGAAACCGUGGCUGGGGGAGAACCAGAGGCAUGGUGUCACUGGUAUUGGGACGGCCAAGCUGAGGGCGCUGCAUGAGGCGAGGAAGAAGGGCUUGGUUGUUGGAAACGCUGGGGGGGUGGCCCAUCAGGCUUAG